GUGGUAUUUGACGCCAUCAAAUAUGCAGAUCUUUGUGAAAACCUUGACGGGUAAAACCAUCACCCUUGAGGUGGAACCCAGUGAUACUAUCGAGAAUGUGAAGGCCAAGAUUCAAGACAAAGAAGGUAUUCCUCCUGACCAACAGCGACUCAUCUUCGCCGGCAAACAGUUGGAGGAUGGCCGCACGUUGUCAGACUACAACAUUCAGAAAGAGUCCACUCUUCAUCUCGUCCUGCGUCUGAGAGGAGGUAUCAUCGAGCCUUCCCUGAGACAGCUUGCACAGAAAUACAACUGUGACAAAAUGAUCUGCCGCAAAUGCUAUGCACGUCUUCACCCCCGUGCAGUCAACUGCCGCAAAAAAAAGUGUGGGCACACCAGCAACCUGCGCCCCAAGAAGAAGCUGAAGUAAACUAGCGUUCUCUUUGAUCUUUUGUCAAUGUUUUCAAUAAAAAAAUUGAAAUGGAAAA